AUGGAUUCCGACCCAGCUUUCAGUGACCUGCCGGACGGGCCGAUGAGUUCGCAAACAUUGUCGGACCAUCUUGAUACGCACUCUCAACUCUCACAUCGUAACUCCAUCUCCAGUUUUACCAGCACCCCCGCCCGAUCUCUUAGCGCCAGUAAGAAGAACAUUACCCCGAUUCCCGCCAACCUGCUUCCCUCAGCUCCCGCCUCACCACCUACGCCCGCGCCUAGUCCGACACCGCACCAGCGACCACCGAACUGGGUGUCGUCGGACGAAGAGGAAAAUACCUUCUUGCUGAAUCUCCGCAUCCACUUCAGCACCCUGUCCAACGCCCGGAAACAAAAACUCCUCGAAGGUAUCUUGGAUGUCUGCGACAGCCAGCAACUCAGUUUUGUCUCAAGUUAUGUUGGCCCUCGGUUGAGGAAAGAUCCCUUUCAAGUGUUCCCGAAUGAACUUUGUUUAAGAGUCCUUUCUUUCAUCGACGAUCCGAAAACGCUCGCACGAGCCUCGCAGGUCUCAAUACGAUGGCGCGAACUUCUGAACGACGACAUCACCUGGAAGAACCUCUGCGAAAAGCACGCAUACUCCAUACGCCGCAUUUCGGAUGACAUCGAACCGUUCCCCGCUAGAUCCGGUGAAUCGAAGUCUGAGAACGGCUCAUCUAGUAACCCUCAACGGCGUUUGACCGUGUCCAACGAGCAGUCUGUCGAGACCGCCCCUGAGCUACCCCGCACUUUGUCAGGAGAGUGGCUUCCGCCCACCAGCUUCCCCUCUCGCAGACUCCGAGCACGACCUGUCUCCUACAGAUCACACUUCAAGCAGAAAUACAUGGUUGAGUCGGCUUGGAAUAAAGGAGGCAGAUGCACUCAGCGCCAUAUCACCCCCGAUCAGGGGGUGGUCACGAGUUUGCAUCUGACCUCGAAAUACAUCGUGGUUGCCUUGGAUAAUGCCAAAAUUCAUGUCUACGACACAAAUGGUGAUAAUCAGAAAACUCUCCAAGGACAUGUGAUGGGUGUUUGGGCCAUGGUUCCUUGGGACGAUAUUUUGGUUAGCGGAGGAUGCGACCGCGAAGUGAGAGUAUGGAACAUGGCUACUGGCGCUGGAAUUCACUUGCUUCGUGGUCACACAUCGACCGUUCGAUGCUUGAAAAUGUCUGAUCGGAAUACUGCCAUCUCUGGAUCCAGAGACACCACACUUCGCAUCUGGGACCUGUCAACGGGGACGUGCCGUAAUGUCUUGGUUGGGCAUCAGGCGAGUGUCCGGUGUUUGGCAAUCCAUGGUGAUCUGGUUGUGUCCGGCAGUUAUGACACGACUGCUCGGAUCUGGAGUAUCUCUCAAGGCCGCUGUCUUCGUACACUCUCGGGCCAUUUCAGUCAAAUCUAUGCUAUUGCAUUUGACGGCCGACGCAUUGCCACGGGUAGCUUAGACACUAGCGUCCGAAUCUGGGAUCCACACUCCGGGCAGUGUCACGCCAUUCUUCAAGGGCAUACCUCACUGGUCGGUCAACUGCAAAUGCGUGGCGAUACUCUCGUAACAGGAGGCUCCGAUGGUUCUGUACGUGUGUGGUCUUUGACGAAGAUGGCGCCCAUUCACCGACUGGCGGCCCACGACAACAGUGUCACUAGUCUUCAGUUCGAUAACACUCGGAUUGUCAGCGGUGGCAGCGAUGGUCGCGUGAAAGUGUGGAAUCUGCAGAAUGGCCAGCUGCUACGAGAGCUCUCAAGCCCAGCGGACGCUGUCUGGAGAGUUGCCUUUGAAGAAGAAAAGGCCGUCAUCAUGGCUAGCCGGUCCGGUCGUACAGUAAUGGAGGUCUGGUCAUUCGCCCCACCUCCAGAAGACUAUGAUGACGUUGUCAUCGAAAGUACCUCCAGCACGCCGGGCAUUGGUUCAACGGACGAUAGUGAUUUGGCCAUUGAACCUCGCCAACGCACUCUCUUCUCAGACCCACCGCCGACCAUUUCGGGUAGUAGUGAUGCAGACCAACCAAUGUUGGAUGCCGACUCUUGA